ACGGGCUCUGAUACAAUACAACUACAUUUCCGUAAUCGUCGUAUACGAAAAGGAAGCGGCGACACCCAAGAAUUCUCAACCUCUGCUGCAAGGAAUUCUAAUUCUAAAGCUAAAAUGGGGUACGGAGACAUCAUGCAGGUAGAAAUGUCCGGAGCGUCCAGCAAAACUUCGCGACAGGAUAAACUGGAAUACGACGGUGUAAGGGCAUCGCAUACAAUGGCUCAAACCGAUGCUCGGAGGAUGGAAAAAUACAAGUCCUUCAUUAACAAUGUGGCGGAAAAGCAUGAUGUUGACCCAGCUGUCAUCGCUGCCAUCAUCUCCAGAGGGUCCCGUGCCGGGAACGUCAUCUUCAACACUAACCCCCCCGGUUGGGGGGACAAUUAUAAUGGCUUUGGACUGAUGCAGGUUGAUAAGAGAUACCACGAACCGAGAGGAGCUUGGAACAGUGAGGAGCACAUUGACCAAGCCACUGGGAUCCUGGUUAAUUUCAUUCAACUGAUCCAGAAGAAGUUCCCCAGCUGGAGCACAGAACAGCAGCUGAAGGGAGCGAUCGCAGCCUACAACACUGGAGCCAGUAGAGUCGAAUCUUACGAGAGUGUGGACUCACGCACCACAGGAAAAGACUACUCCAAUGAUGUGGUUGCCAGAGCCCAGUGGUACAAAAAAAACGGGUUUUAGAGGAAUCCCUCUUGGGCAGCCCAAAUGUUCUGUAUUAAAUAACAAAUGAUAAUUAUCAUGUGUUAUCAUUAAUUAUUAUUGUUUAUGUUUAAUAGUCGCUAUAUAGUCAAAAAAUAUGGUUUGCCUUUUUUAAUUCACUCAAUAUCUUCAUAAAGUGCCAUUUUUAAUUGUUGGCAAGAUGGCUUUUCUAAGAUAUGUAAAAAUAUCAGCAUAAUACAUUGAAGUAUUAUGCUGAUAAUACAUAAGUGUGACUUAUGUACAAACCGAUGGAUUUCAUUCGUAUCCAAUGUGUUGAAAUUGAUAUACCAUUGUUUUAAAUAAAAAUGUAUGUGCUUCCUUAAUACACGGAAAGCUCCAAAAA